UACCCCCUCUCAACUUGGUAUCUUUCUGGUAUCUUUCUCUUGAAGUUGAUUGUCACCAAAUAUCACGUCACGUCUUUUGCACUUCUUGAGAGGCUCUCUAUUACUGCUAUCUCCUGUCUACAGGCGUAUUGUCUCUCUGUCUCGCGCUGUUGAGCAGCUCAACGACAGGCACCAAGGCACAGUCCCGGGCUUUUCUAAACUCCCUCUGCAAAAGACUGGCUUUCUUCUACCGUCAGCGCCUCUCAGGUUGUCACGAUGGCUUCUAUCCCGAUGCAGAGCCGCUAUCCCGGCUCCAACCUCCGCUACGAGCCGGCAGCGCUCGAGAACAAGCUCUAUGUCCCUGAUUGGAGCUACAAUUACCCCACGGGGAUUCCUCACAACUAUUCUAUGGUCCAUGACCACUCUGGCCUCCGUCCUCAGUACUACACGGAGAACUAUGUGCCCCCCAGCUUCUAUCAGCGUGACCCCGCUACCGUGAAGGCCAUCUUCAGCACUGACAACGACAAGCACCAGCCGCGUCAGGUGAAGCAGCUGAACGACUUCCCCGAGUCUCGCAACCUGAGACUCUGGGAUUCCGAGAAGCUCCAGAACACCGCGAACUCGAUUCGUAAGAAGUUCUGGGCUGACAUGCGCGACAUGCAGACACCCACGUGCUGGGACGACCUUUACACCUACUUUGAUGCUCAGGACAUCUUCUCCCAUGGAGCCCUCAACCUCUGGAACUUGGUGCACCUUUUGUGCCACGAGAACCGGAGCAUCAUGCGUGACGUUUUCGCCUCCAUGUGCUACGAGGUUGGCGUCUGGACCGACGAGUGGCUUGAGAAGGAGGGAAACAAGGAGAAACUGCUGGCCUGCAAUGCUCAGCACACUGACAUCCUCUCCGUCCUCUCGGAUGAGGAGCAGAAGGAAAUUAGCGAGCUCCGCGAAGUCGACAUGUUCAUUGUUCGCGGUGCCUUGAUCCACCGGCAGGAGCAGCUGCUGGGCUAUGAACGCGCUCUCGCCAGGCCGUUCCCUGCCAACGGUCUUGAGGUUGCCUGGUGUAGUUACUCCGUUCACAACUGGCUCGCCGGACAACCUGUUGGUGACAACAAAAACGGGCUUUUCUCCCCAUCUUCUCCUCGCCCACUUGUCGUCAAUGGCUCUUCCCGAGCCUCGUCCACCGGUACAACUGGCUCGGCUAAGAAUGAAAAGACCGCUCAGUCUUCUUUGGUCAAUGCCGAACAUCAGGUUCGUACGCCUUCCAACAGCAACUCCUCUGUCGUCAACGUCCCACAGUCGAAUGCACAUCCCAUGGGCACCCAGAGUGUCCCUGUCAUCGCUUCCAGCUACCCAUCUGCUACAGCCAAUGGCACCGAUGGCUUUAUUGGUCAGCUCUACUCCAAAUCCAAGUCGAAGCCCCUCCAGCCCCAGGCUACCCCUUUCACGUCCACAGGCACCGGCACUGGCUUCCCGCAGAGCGCAUACACAGCUCAGUCGAGUCCAUCCCACUCCAUGCCCCCUAAUGGUCAAAAGUCCGCCAGUUCGGCCAAGGUGGGCGUUUCUGGUCCUGCGACGUCGGCUGUCGUCCCGAGUGGCGCUCCUCAAGCCGCGUCUAUUGGCCUUACCCAAAAGACAGAGGUGGUGACCCAUCGAAACCCCAGAAAGGCUCCUGCCAAUGCAUCUGGCCAUCCUCCGCACCCUUUUGCCAACCAGCGUGACAACCAAUCCGAGUCCAGCAACUCCAGCUGGUCUGGCGGAGCAGGACACAAGGACUCCAAGCAGAUCUCGCCCCUUAUAGUCCCCCGUCAACGGGCCUGCAGCGGUAGUGCUCGUGACAAGACUCAGGGAUCUCACGCAGACGCCGCAGCAGGCAAGAAGCCCACGGAAUCUGCGACGUCUCCCCAGAAUUCAGCCUCGCGUGGCUGGGAAUACCAUACCAGUGGACUCCACGGGCCGAUCUACAGACGCAGCCCUCAUAAGAAGAAUAAUAUUCAGAAGACGGGUGGUCGCCAUCCUGCCUCGUCCAAAGAGCCUUCUCACCCCAACACCACCUGUCAAAACAGAUAUCGUCACAUUUCCAAAAACCCCGGGAGCAGGUGGGGAUACGAUCCAUGCGAUUGCGCUCAUUGUGAGGGGCGCAACCGUUCGGUGUUUGUUGUGCUCCAUGACCUGCCGCAUGGGACGGAUCAGUUCAAGGUUGAUCGUGUUCUGAGAGAUGUCAUGUCCCGCUGGGGUCCAAUUGAUACUAUCGGCCAGGUGAACGACAAUCCUGGUCGGCGGAUGCUUGUGGUGAAGUACAUGGAUGCAUCGCGGGUGCUAGAGGCUGCAGAAUCGGAAGAUAUCUACUGCGAUGAGCUCCAGUGCCGGGUUUCCACCUGCGUAGCGCAUAAUACCGCCUACGGCCAAGAAUGGGCUCGCCGAAGAGGGCAUUCUGUCCAGGGGUUUCCAAGGAGCCGUGAGGAGGACCGACCCGAGCACUCGCAUCGCGAUUAUACCAUGCCGAUGCAGAAGAACCCUCAGUCGUACCGACAGAACUCUCGAUGUCAGAGUCAGAGCCCGCCUGAGCGUCUGCUGCCCCGCCGGUCCUCCAACUCUGCAGUUGCUCCUCUGGAAUCGGGAUCUCGCGUCGGCUCGAGCACCAUUGGAUCUCGCCCAGGGAACAACGGUGUACCCAUGGUAAAACAACUGGCUGUCUCCUCUGGGUUCCUUCAGCCAGGCCAGCCAGGCCAAUCCGGUUAUCCCAUCACUCCUCCACGGCCUGCACUUCACGAGCAGUCUGGACAACCUCCUCUGCAGCCAAUGAUCCCUACCCCCCAUGUCACUUCGCCAGCUCCCUGGAUCAUGCAGGGCCAGUAUCAUCCGAUCUACCAUCAUCCAUUGGCUGCUGCCCAAACUCCUUCGGGGCAGUUCAUUCCGACCAUUGGUGGCGUUCAGCCGUUCUAUCACCAAGUAGGGGCCCGUCACCCUGCGGUUCAGCUUCCUGCUACCGUUCCCAACUCAGGCCAGAGAUCCAACGACAGCUCGGUACAGCCUGUCAAGACUCCGGCUUCUGAGAAGACCAACGGCGAGGAUUAGCGAUCCAAGCGGCCUUCUGAAGAAGCCGUCUCCGACAAGGAGGCUAGCAUUGGCAGCUCGGCCAUCAAGGGUAACAGUUCUGUUAAGGUCAAGCUGCCCACCAGCUCCAGGGAAGA